UGCAAUCCAUCGCAGUAUAAAUACCAACCGGCUAACCGAUAAGGUGCAACAGUUUAAUCAGCGACAGCGCUAAAGCGAGUGCGGGCCGGACCACAGACAACUCGGAAAUGAUUCAAGUGGCUUUGUUGUUCAAGUUCUGGUUGAUGAUUAGCUCUGCGACUGGCAGUCCUCUGACGAAAGUGGGCGCCCCUUCAACUCAUUUUGAUUAUACAAAUCCACAGAAAUGGGAAGAACACGAGUCGAAUUGCGGCGGCCACCAUCAGUCGCCCAUCAACAUCAAUACGGAAGAAGUCAUCGUCACGAAUUAUCCGAAAUUCAUUUUCCAAAAUUACGAUUUGACUUUUCCUGAGAGCUUGGAGAACAACGGUCAUACGGUCGAGUUGAAAAUCGACAACGAAGACGACGACGACGAUUUGCCAUCCAUUUCCGGCGGAGGUCUGGACGACCGUUAUAACUUUGCGCAACUUCACUUUCAUUGGGACGAAGAUUUGUUGGGAAGUGAACAUACAAUCAACGGGCAAAAAUAUUCCGCCGAAUUACACAUCGUUCACUACAAUACGAAAUACGGAAGUUUUGAUGAUGCAAAACCUCAUCAGGACGGAUUAGCCGUUCUAGGAAUUCUUAUUGAGUUGCAAGCGAGAGACAAUAUUGCCUUCCGCCAUCUCGAACAAUUUGACAAAAUCAUCGAUCCUAGCAGGACAAUUAGCGAUCGAUUACAAUUUUCAGUUCCGCUAGUGGAUCUUCUUCCUGACAGUACCGAAAGUUUCUUCCGGUACAACGGCUCUCUGACGACACCCGGCUGCAACGAAGAUGUCAUCUGGACCGUUUUCGAGACUCCGAUCGCCAUUUCUGUCCGACAGCUGGCAAAGUUCAGACUACUAAACGACGAAAACGGGAUGCCACUAAGGAAAAAUGUCCGUCCAACUCAAAUGCUACACGACAGAGUCGUUACCUACCGGCCGGAUCCGAAUCCUAUCCAAUCAUUAUUCUCCUUUCCCAGCCAUCUUCCAAACUUAAUCAAACCAUUUUCGAACGAGUUCCAGCAGUCUAACUUUUGAAAAUCCUUCCAUUCAGCAUGAUCCUCAGCAACUCCGACCCGAAGGUCGAUUGCACAAUCAUCGAAUCUAAUCCGCACAUCAUCCGCAAAGGAUGGUUCGGUAGCGGAACAAUUCAGACCACAUAUACAUAUGUUUGCAUGAUCAUUUAUAAAUACGCAUCAGCAGUGCUAACCGUGUGUAUGAUAGUAAUUGACUUUGUUAGCCAAUAUAAUGAGUUGAAAUUU